GGUGAAUUGAAUAAUGAAAACAUUAGUUUAAAAUAAGUGAAAUUCCACAUCAUUAUUGACAGGCUGGCCAACUAUACUCCUCCCCAACCCUUAUAAGAGGAUCCAAAAGAAACCAUUCUCCAAAACUCUCUCUCUUUCUUUCUCUCUCAAUCAUCCUUUGUUCUCUCUUCUCCUCUGAGGCGUGGAAUUCGGCUUUCAUUACUGUCUCUCUCUAAACCAUCAAGCACUCAUCAACACCCAUGUCUCCUACUUUCUUUCUUCCUCUUUCCUCUUAUGUCCUCACACACACUAUUUGUUUUGGAAAUAUAGCCAUGCCCUUGUCCUUUCUCACAAUCAUUUCCUUCUCCUCAUGAUUCCCCUCUACUAGAGCUUUUCCACAGUACUACUAUUUGAAGCAGACAACAAAGGCCAAGUAAUUGAUACCAUUACCACCCAAAAUCCCCUGUUUCACCCCCUCUCUGUUUUCCUCUCUGUUCUCUAUAAAAACACAGAAUGGACAAGUGGGACAACAAACCCUCAAGGAAACAGCACCACAGAGAAAACCCUUCUUUCUCUUCCACUCUCUUAGACGUUAUCUACCGUUCCAUCGACGAAGAUCCAAAGUUGGAGAAGGAGGAAGAGCAACUCAUCUUCUACAGAGAAACCAUGAGGAAGCAGAAACAGAGCAACUCUGAAGCAGAGAAACACAACUCUCGCAGGGCCAGGAAGGUGGAGAGUUGGAUGGAGAAGAGAACCAGCGAGAAAGUCUUAAUGGGAAGGAACUCUUUGACGGAAUUUGAGAGAAGAACGCGAAGUAAUUCAAUUUCGAACACACUCUCCAUGCAUUCGAGCUCAACCUCCUCUGAGUCAAGCUCUGCUGGGGGGUUCUCUUCUUCAGAGUCAGAGUCCUUCUAUGGAGUGCAAAGGCCAAAGCCAAUUAAAACCAGCGUCUAUGACAAAACCAAAACCAAAACCAACUUUGAUGCUGCACUUCACAACCACAACCACAACCACAGCUACAGGAGCCACUCUUCCCAAACCCAAAAGCCAAAACAUGAGAAUGGUUUUGGGAAGACAAAGUCCAAGGCCUUGAAAAUCCUAUAUGGUGAGUUGAAGAAAGCAAAGCAACCAAUUUCACCAGGCGCAAGGCUUGCUAGCUUUCUCAACUCUCUCUUCACUUCAAGUGGAAGUGCCAAAAAAGCAAAGGUCUCAACAACAACAUCAACUUGUCAUCCCGUCCUGAUCCCGAUUGCAACAGAUCGUGCCGCUGCUGAUGCUAAAUUAGCAUCAGCAACAGCACAACCUUCUUCUACAUGUUCAUCAGCAUCUUCUUUUUCAAGGUCUUGUUUAAGCAAAACACCUUCUUCAAGAUCAGGUGCAAAGAGAUCAGUGAGGUUUUGCCCUGUGAGUGUGAUAGUGGAUGAAGAUUGUAGGCCUUGUGGACACAAGAAUCUUCAUGAGGGUGAAGACAAUUUGAUGGCUUCCAAUGGAAGGAACAGAAGUGAGGAGCUUAGGUUGCAUGUCAUGCAGGAGAGUCGCAAGGUGGAGGAGUUGGCAAGAGAUUUGUUGAAGGAGUAUCAGAAAAAGAAUGAAGUGGAGUUUGAUGAUGUCAUGCAUUAUGAAGAUGAAGAAGAAGAUGAUGAUGAUGUGGCAAGUUGUUCAAGUUCUGAUCUCUUUGAGUUGGAUAAUCUAUCAGCAAUUGGGAUUGAGAGGUAUAGGGAAGAGUUGCCUGUGUAUGAAACUACCCAUUUCAAUACCAAUAGAGCCAUUGCAAAUGGCUUCAUUAUGUAAUUUUGAGGGAAAAAAAAGUGGGGUUACUUUUUAAUUAGAAUUUAAUGGUGUGGGGGUUUACAUCAGAUAAUAAGAUUUCUCCUUUUUUUUUGGGUUCUUCAA